CUCUCACGGUUUUGCGCUGCCGCUCGCUCGCACACUCUCGCGUGUUUUCCGAGGGGCUACUGGCCUGUGUUGAGGGCGGAGAGGGGAGAUUGAGUGGGUGGGCUCUGCCUGUGCAGAGCCGAGGGCGAUUCUUCCCGGCCGCGGUAGUUCUUUGGGGGUUCUCUCAGGUCGUCCUGACCAUUCUUCCUAACGGUUGAUUGGGGACAAUCGCUAAAGGCUUUUUUUUUUUUUUCACUUGCUCCGCCCUCUUCCGGUUCGGCCUCCGGUGGCCUCUAAGGGGAAGGGAAGAUGGCGGGGCUGUGCGAGAACGCCGUGCGCAGGCGCGAGCCCGAGUGCGCUCUUGUGCGUGCACGCGCAUGCGCGCGCUCCUGCGUUUAAGAAGCCGGAGUGUUGGGAGAUGAGCCGGGUAGUCAAGUCUUCUGCGAGUGGUACUAGAUCGACUGUGCGCCGACUCCCCACCUACCCUUUUCUGCCUUAUCCGUCAGCCUCCGUUCGUUCACUGCAGGACCACGCACGAAAGUUAAAACAAAAUGAAGAUUUUUUCUGAAUCUCAUAAAACAGUGUUUGUUGUGGAUCACUGCCCAUACAUGGCAGAAUCAUGUAGACAGCAUGUGGAAUUUGAUAUGCUGGUGAAGAAUAGGACCCAAGGCAUCAUCCCUUUGGCUCCCAUCUCCAAAUCCUUGUGGACUUGCUCAGUAGAAUCUUCCAUGGAAUAUUGUAGAAUAAUGUAUGACAUAUUUCCUUUCAAAAAACUGGUGAAUUUCAUUGUGAGUGACUCCGGAGCACAUGUUUUAAACUCUUGGACUCAAGAAGACCAAAACUUACAGGAGCUAAUGGCAGCACUAGCUACUGUGGGGCCUCCUAACCCUCGGGCAGAUCCAGAGUGCUGCAGCAUUCUGCAUGGUCUUGUUGCAGCAGUGGAAACCCUUUGCAAAAUUACUGAAUACCAACAUGAGGCUCGCACUUUACUCAUGGAGAAUGCAGAACGAGUUGGGAAUAGAGGACGGAUAAUCUGCAUUACAAAUGCAAAAAGUGACAGUCAUGUACGGAUGCUCGAAGACUGUGUCCAGGAAACAAUUCAUGAGCAUAACAAGCUUGCUGCAAACUCAGAUCAUCUCAUGCAGAUUCAAAAAUGUGAGUUGGUCUUGAUUCACACCUACCCAGUUGGUGAAGAUAGCCUUGUGUCUGAUCGUCCUAAAAAAGAGUUGUCCCCAGUUUUGACCAGUGAAGUCCACAGUGUCCGAGCUGGGCGGCACCUUGCUACCAAGUUGAAUGUUCUAGUACAGCAGCAUUUUGACUUGGCUUCAACGACCAUCACAAACAUUCCUAUGAAGGAAGAGCAACAUGCCAACACAUCUGCCAACUAUGACGUGGAGCUUCUUCAUCACAAAGACGCACAUGUAGAUUUCCUGAGAAGUGGUGACAGCCACUCGGGAGGCAGCAGCAGAGAAGGGCCAUUUAAAGAGACAGUAACCCUGAAGUGGUGCACACCCAGGACCAACAGCAUCGAAUUACACUAUUGCACUGGAGCUUACCGAAUCUCACCUGUCGAUGUAAAUAGUAGGCCUUCCUCCUGCCUCACUAAUUUCCUCCUCAAUGGUCGAUCUGUGUUGCUGGAGCAGCCACGAAAGUCAGGUUCCAAAGUCAUCAGUCACAUGCUUAGCAGCCAUGGAGGAGAGAUCUUUUUGCAUGUCCUUAGCAGUUCUCGAUCCAUUCUAGAAGAUCCGCCUUCAAUUAGUGAGGGCUGCGGAGGAAGAGUUACAGACUACCGGAUUACAGAUUUUGGUGAAUUUAUGAGGGAAAACAGGUUAACUCCUUUUCUAGACCCCAGAUAUAAAAUGGAUGCAAGUCUAGAGAUUCCGUUGGAACGUGCAAAGGACCAGUUAGAAAAGCACACCCGUUACUGGCCCAUGAUUAUUUCACAGACCACCAUUUUCAACAUGCAAGCGGUAGUUCCAUUAGCUGGUGUCAUUGUGAAAGAGUCUUUGACAGAAGAGGAUGUAUUAAACUGUCAGAAGACUAUAUACAACUUAGUUGAUAUGGAAAGGAAGAACGAUCCUCUUCCCGUGUCUACAGUUGGUACCAGAGGAAAGGGACCUAAAAGAGAUGAACAGUACCGGAUCAUGUGGAAUGAACUAGAGACUCUUGUCAGAGCCCACAUCAGCAACUCUGAGAAGCAUCAGAGAGUCUUGGAGUGUCUGAUGGCGUGUAGGAGCAAACCCCCAGAAGAAGAAGAACGGAAGAAGCGAGGGAGGAAGAGGGAGGACAGGGAGGACAAGUCGGAACAAGCGGGGAAGGAGCACGGCACAGAAAAGCCCCGGCCGGACACAGACAGAUUGAAAGGGAUUUUAGAACGAGGGAAAGAAGAGUUGGCUGAAGCAGAAGUCAUAAAGGACUCACCUGAUUCUCCGGAACCUCCAAACAAAAAGCCCCUUGUUGACAUGGAUGAGACACCACACAUGGAAAAGUCUAAAGGGCCAGUGUCCUUAUUAUCCUUGUGGAGUAACAGAAUAAACACUGCCAAUUCCAGAAAGCACCAGGAGUUUGCUGGGCGUUUGAACUCUGUCAAUAACAGAGCAGAGCUAUAUCAACACCUUAAGGAGGAAAAUGGGAUGGAGACAACAGAAAAUGGGAAAGCCAGCCGCCAGUGAAGAGUGACUUGAGAAACUAAAUUUAGUAUAUUGUGAAAAAUAUUUUGGGCAGAAUUUGAUAUAAGUACUUUUACAGCAAGAUUGUAUAGCUAUGUUGCCUGGACUGGUUUUUACAUUUUUAAUGAAUUUCAACAAAUUAUCUUUUUUGUACUAAUUCUAAGAUUGGCAGAGUCAAAAUAUAUACAUUGGAGAUUUGCCCUCCCAGACCACACAGUUUAUUUUGUGGAAAAAGGUGUUCCCUCUGGAAAUGUUUUUUAAAAAAUUCUUAGGCUUCUUUUUGCCAAAUAAAACUAUUAAAAUGUUUGAAAUGCAAA